UAUUGGAGAGACUUCGAAAAGUCAAAAAUAACAUGGCCUUUGUAAGUCUAAAAUAAUAUCGGCCUUUAUCAAUGUGCUAACAUAUAAUGCACAGUCUUUAUAUGUUUCCAGUGUUACGGUGUGCGUACUGUUUGAAUUAGUUUAGUAACCCGUUCACAGUGUCCGUUUAAAACUUGUAAGCUUUCGAAAUGUGUUCUGUCAAAUUCGCCGUAAUUUACUUAGAUAAUUUAUGACCAGCCAGACUUAUUAAACAAAUAUGUUAUUUAAUUGUUUUAAAAUACCCAGAGUAUGAGUUAUAAGUGCUAAGUCAUGGGUGCGAAACCGAGUACAGCGAACGGCACGCAGAGCCCAAGAACGCGGGCCUUCUCCAGCAGCAGUAGCUCCGAAGUCGUGACGGCCCCCGGUUUUCGCUUUAUGCGAUCUUUGGGCAUGGACAUGUCCAGCGACAGACAGAGGGCCCGUUCAUUAUCCAGCGUGCCGGAUCUGCACACUAGUCACGAAACGAUUGCCAUACCGGCCGCCGGGGCCAGUUUUGACGUUUCCACAGGUGCCAGCCCCGAAACGGACAGCAGUUCAACCGAAGAACCCGGCACCGUGAUCGCAUCAAAUGCAGCUAAUAUUGCCCUGGGGCGCGUCUACGCCGCCCAUUCCUUGCCGUCGCAUAUAUGGUCUUUGAAUGGUAUAAAAUGCCCAGUCUGCAGCAAAUUUGUAAUUCCUGAUGAUAUUGAAUGUCACCUAGUAAUGUGCCUAACCAAACCACGGCUUUCCUACAACGAAGACGUUUUGACUGAUGAUAAGGGAGAAUGUGUAAUUUGUUUAGAAGAACUAAGUCAAGGUGAUAUUAUUGCUCGCCUACCUUGCCUAUGCAUAUACCACAAAACGUGUAUAGAUCAAUGGUUUGAAAUAAAUAGAUCUUGUCCUGAACAUCCUGGGGACUAGCAUAAUUGUUUAAAUUUAAAUUUGUACAUAUGUAUAUAUUGAUGAUUAUAAGAACUUAUAAUACCGAAACAUGUAAAUCUAUAGGGAAUAAAUUUACGUAUGUAGUUAUUUUUCCCAAUAUUAAAACAUUUUUCAAAUUAUCUGCGAUGGGUUUGAGUUUAUUUAAUUUGUUACAAUAAGGAUGCACUGGAUAAUAGAGAAAAAAUUAAUCUAAGUUUACACAUAUCAAUAAUUUUACUUUUGUCUGAUGCCUUUUAAAAUAUCCAACAUUCAACAAAAACAUUAUACAAUAUUUUUAUGUUUGCAUAUACAAUUUGAAAUAAUAUAAUCAUUAGAAAGAAUUUGUUUUACUAAAGAAAUAUUUUUGAUACUUUCAUAUAUAAUAUUUUAAAUUCAUUGAAAAUUGCUUUUGGCUAUAGAAUCAAGAUUUAGGGUAUCCUUUUUCAAUUGUUUAAACUACACCCAUGUUUUAUUUGUCGUCUAAAGAAUUUAUUAUAAAUGUCAGAAUUUAUUGUUGUAUACUUAAUGAUAUAAAAGUUAUGUGAAAAAAUGAAACCAACCAAAGACAUUUUGUUAAUGUGAUUAAAUAUAAGGUGCUAAUUGCAAAUUACCGUAAAAAUAAUAUAAGUUGUUACCUAUGUUUUGUCAGAUAAUAGUUUUUAUUGACAAUUAGAACAUGAUUAUAAGUAGAUUGUUUUUCUAUGUUAUUUUUAUAUCCUCUAUCUAGAACUUCUUAAUUUAUAGAAGUGCCAUAAUUUGAUUAUAACUAUAAGGUGUAGUAUUGUAGUUAAUAAAUACAAUUUUCAAA